CCCCCCCCCCCCCCCCCCCCCCCCCCCCCCCCCCCCCCCCCCCCCCCCCCCCCCCCCCCCCCCCCCCCCCCCCCCCCCCCCCCCCCCCCCCCCCCCCCCCCCCCCCCCCCCCCCCCCCCCCCCCCCCCCCCCCCCCCCCCCCCCCCCCCCCCCCCCCCCCCCCCCCCCCCCCCCCCCCCCCCCCCCCCCCCCCCCCCCCCCCCCCCCCCCCCCCCCCCCCCCCCCCCCCCCCCCCCCCCCCCCCCCCCCCCCCCCCCCCCCCCCCCCCCCCCCCCCCCCCCCCCCCCCCCCCCCCCCCCCCCCCCCCCCCCCCCCCCCCCCCCCCCCCCCCCCCCCCCCCCCCCCCCCCCCCCCCCCCCCCCCCCCCCCCCCCCCCCCCCCCCCCCCCCCCCCCCCCCCCCCCCCCCCCCCCCCCCCCCCCCCCCCCCCCCCCCCCCCCCCCCCCCCCCCCCCCCCCCCCCCCCCCCCCCCCCCCCCCCCCCCCCCCCCCCCCCCCCCCCCCCCCCCCCCCCCCCCCCCCCCCCCCCCCCCCCCCCCCCCCCCCCCCCCCCCCCCCCCCCCCCCCCCCCCCCCCCCCCCCCCCCCCCCCCCCCCCCCCCCCCCCCCCCCCCCCCCCCCCCCCCCCCCCCCCCCCCCCCCCCCCCCCCCCCCCCCCCCCCCCCCCCCCCCCCCCCCCCCCCCCCCCCCCCCCCCCCCCCCCCCCCCCCCCCCCCCCCCCCCCCCCCCCCCCCCCCCCCCCCCCCCCCCCCCCCCCCCCCCCCCCCCCCCCCCCCCCCCCCCCCCCCCCCCCCCCCCCCCCCCCCCCCCCCCCCCCCCCCCCCCCCCCCCCCCCCCCCCCCCCCCCCCCCCCCCCCCCCCCCCCCCCCCCCCCCCCCCCCCCCCCCCCCCCCCCCCCCCCCCCCCCCCCCCCCCCCCCCCCCCCCCCCCCCCCCCCCCCCCCCCCCCCCCCCCCCCCCCCCCCCCCCCCCCCCCCCCCCCCCCCCCCCCCCCCCCCCCCCCCCCCCCCCCCCCCCCCCCCCCCCCCCCCCCCCCCCCCCCCCCCCCCCCCCCCCCCCCCCCCCCCCCCCCCCCCCCCCC